UUAUUGUGCGGUUGUGUAGCGAAGUUUGCUGUUUUGCCGCUUGCGGAAAAGAGGUAAUAGGUUCUGUGGGUAAUAGAGUAAACAGUUGCUACCGGUGAAAAUAAUAAUAAUAUAUGCUAUUAAAAUAGAGACUAUAACGCCAGAAUGAAAUUGGUAAGGUUUUUGAUGAAGUUAAGUCAUGAGACUGUAACCAUGGAACUAAAAAAUGGUACACAAGUACAUGGGACCAUCACGGGUGUAGAUGUAGCAAUGAAUACACACCUAAAAGCUGUAAAAGUCACUGUAAAAAAUCGAAAUCCUGUUAACUUGGAUACAUUAACUGUUAGGGGCAAUAACAUUCGGUAUUAUAUUUUACCUGAUAGUUUACCAUUAGAAACGUUGUUGAUUGAUGAUACUCCCAAAGCCAAAGCAAAGAAGAAGGAGAGUGCUCGUGGUGCAUCCAGAGGCCGGGGACGUGGCCGUGGAAGAGGCGGUCCUAGAGGUAGAGGUAGAGGAAGAGGUCGCAGAUAAGAGUCCCCAACUUAUUUAUUUCGCUACAGUCACUUUAUAAUUGAUUAUUUCCAUCAACACAAAAUAUUUUUAAAAAUUAUUAAGUGCCACAAAAAAUGAUUGGAAAAUUCAGAAAUAAUUCUUAAGUAUUUCAUAUGUAUCUGAAAAUUGACAAAUAAAUAUAAGUUUAUAAAC